CCGGCCAUUUCGCUAUAGCCACACGCGCACUCUUUAUAACCACAAUAAAUAUUAUCAUAUUAUUGUAGCAGCUAGUUACCGUCACGAAAAUCUCGGCGUACCGCAAGGAAUAAUAAAAUUAACAUGUUUGCGCACACCGAUUUUUAACAAUAUAUCAAUGUUAUAAUAUUAUUAUGUAGAAACAAUUUAUCACGUAGGUGAAUAUUAGAUUUUUGGUUUUUGGUUAACGGGAAUCACACGUUGAUCUCGUGAACAUGUUGAUGGAUGUUGAUUUUGACGAUGAUACGCCAAAUCGAUGCACCACACUCGUCUACUAUGCAUGGAAGAUAUUCACGUGUUUGUUUCUGCACGUGUUACUUGUCACUAUGGUCGUGCUGUAUUGUUUGCUCGGAGCCUUUGCUUUUGAACGUCUAGAAUCGGCAAACGAAAUUGAAGUGAAAAAUAGUAUUCGUGUAAUGAGGAUGAAUGUAACUACGGAUCUUUGGAAAUACACCAAAAAUUCAUUGGUGCUCCAACAAGAUAAUUUUACAACAAAUGUUACAGCCCGAUUGCAGAAAUUUGAAGACGAUUUAAUAUAUGCAAUUAAACGUAAAGGCUGGGAUGGCGAAGAAGACACUAAAAUACAACAAUGGACCUUCACUGGGGCUUUAUUUUACUCAAUAAUUGUUAUUACAACUAUAGGUUACGGUCACAUAGCUCCAAAAACCCUUAAUGGAAAAAUAGCCACUAUAUUUUAUGCGAUUGUCGGUAUACCGUUGAUGCUUCUGUGCCUGUCCAAUAUUGGUGACAUAAUGGCGCAUUCCUUCAGGUUCCUCUACUGGAAAGUAUGUUGCUAUACGUGCACCAGGCGGCAGAGACGAGUACAGUCCCUAAGGAGGUCCCGCAGUCAAAGGUCCACUACAAGAUCACACGGUUCCAGAACUACGUCACUAAAGAGAACAGGUCGAAUAUCACAGAGAUCCGCCGACAGUGCUCUUGGAAUGUCAGAUUGUUACACUAGAUCUUCUUAUUCAGAUACCGAAUGCAGGUAUUAUAAUAAAAUGGAAAGAGAAUAUGCCAUGUUUGGAGGCGGAAUGCCCGUUAAAGCCCCUAAUCGAUAUUCACAGCAAUCCAGGUAUUCCGACACCGUACCGUUACGAAGACACUCGCCAGCUAUUAAACCAAGAUCAACCAGUCAAAAUAGUGGUCACCGAAAUAAUGCUAACCAUUAUUAUCAUGGUCGAUAUCGAGUACAAGAUCCAAGUUAUUCAGAUGGUGAUCAACUAGAUGGGCCAGAACUGCAGCAAGUGCCAUCGAUUUUAUUUAAUAAAUAUGCGCUGGACAGAGAAGAAUCUAGAAGAAUUCAUCCGAAGCAAAGCCAAGAGAUCCGCCGGAACAUCCGGGGUCACUCGGCCGCGCCAAAUUUGGCGACGGAAACGCCGUCGGGUACGUUGCGGACGAACGGCCGAAGCAAAACACCUCAACAUCUGGUCGUGGACAUGCCGCCAAUGGACCAUCCUGACCAAGAUUACUAUCCGAAACCGAAAUUCCGACCGAGACAUCGGAAUUCCAAUCAGAGUAAGUUACGAGAAGAAUUCUUGGGCGGUGGCGGCUGUGGCGGCGGUGGAGGCGGUAAGGGCAAACGUUUGGAGGUGAUGGCGCCGAGUCCGCGCAUCAUGUCGCCGCUGGGUUUCGCCGUGAACCGGCAAUACCCUCGACGGUCGACCCGGUACAGCGACUACUACGACGACGCAGAGCCGUGCGAGUUCGACGACAACAACCCGGACCACAUCAAGCCCGUGCCCAUAUGGCUGUGCGUGCUGCUGGUGGUCAGCUACAUAAUCAUGGGCGCGUUCCUGUUCAAGAGCUGGGAGAACUGGGAGUUCCCGGACUCGGCGUACUUCUGCUUCAUAACGCUCACCACCAUCGGGUUCGGCGACUUCGUGCCCGCCCAGCGUGUGAUGAAUAAAGGCGACGACACCAAGCUCCGCAUAUGGUUCUGCUCGCUGUACCUGUUGUUCGGCAUCGCCCUUUUGGCGAUGAGCUUCAACCUUGUCCAGGAAGAAGUCAUCAGCAACGUCAAGACCGUAGCCCGACACUUGGGAAUCAUCAAGGACGAGGACGAGGAGGAGUCCGAGUGACGGCGUUGACUCGUUCAAUAACAUUAUACCUAAUAAUGAUAUUUAUACAUUAUCGUAUACGUCGAAUACAAUAUAUUUACAUAAUACGGACCGCGUACACGUCGUUGUAACUUUCGCAUGAAUAUUGUUUUAGAUAAUAUUAUUAUGUUUUACGAUAUAAUUAUUGUGUUCAUGUCUUUGCGGCUGUCAACCGCCCGUGCCUGUUUUGUACAUUUUACCUGCAGUUAUUGUGUGUAUAAAUUGUUUUAAGAAAUUUCAUUUUAAUAACCAAAAAUAAAAAUGUUUUCGAUACAC